AGUCACCUGCCGGUCGGGCCCGUGCGGCGGUGUCUACCUCUGAGCUCGAGUGGACCGUCGUUGUACCGUCUGACAGAUUAGCCGUGUCGGAAGACGGCGGUGCAGAGGCGACUGCGUGGUCGGCAGGGCGGUCUCUGGCCGGCGGCGACCGUGACUUGCAUGUUCGCGACUCCCUAGCCCCCGCGCGAUACGGCAGAUUACCUGCCCGCUCAAGGCCGGCCUGGGGUGAGAUCGGGACCUAGUGGCGCUUUAGUCUCCGUCUGCAGGCUGUAGAAGUGGACCAGACGCACGCACCGGACGGGAUACCUACCAGUGCACCAGAGUCUCCGAGAUGGGCAUUGACAUUUACGCCAUCAAGCCGAGCCCGCCAUGCCGGGCCGCGUUUCUGGUGGCCAAGGCCAUCGGCCUGGAUUAUAACCUCAAGAUUGUGAGCUUGGAGAAGGGGGAGAACCGGACUCCUGAGUUCCUGAAGAUGAACCCGGCACACACCGUGCCUGUCAUGACGGACGGCGAGCUGUCAAUAGGUGACAGCAAGGCGAUCAUCACCUACAUGAUGAACCAGUACGCGCCUGCCAACUUGCAGAGCCUGUACCCCCGCGACCCGGCCGCCAGGGCUUUGGUGGAUCAGAGACUCUACUUUGACUCCCAACUGUUCUCCACCCUUCGCGGUAUCGUGUUUCCUCUGCUGUACCUGAAGGACCUGAAGCAGUCACAGGCGAACAUGCCGCGGCUAGAGGAGAACAUGGCGCUGCUGGAGACGUUCCUGACGCGCUCCACGUACCUGGCCGGCGAGCACUUGACCAUUGCCGACCUGGCCACGCUGGCCAACGUCUCUAGCAUGGAGGCCUGCGGAAUUGACAUGUCCCGCUGGCCGCACGUGCAGGCAUGGCUGGCCAAGCUGAAGGCCGAGCUGCCCUACUACGAGCAGGCCAACGGCGAGGGAGCUCAGAUGCUCGGUGCCAUUUACCAAAGGAUACUGAAGGAUCUGGGAGGAAAGUAGAUGUGGUGUGAUCGCUGAAAGGACUAUCGAAAGGGCAGGCAUGCUCUUGUGUUUGCCUCUAAUAGUCUCGAUAAAAUAAUCAGCAAUUGUCCGUCAACAGGCAUGGCUUAGGCCGUUCAACAAAAAGCUGGGUAGUUGACAGUACAAAUAUAUCCUUGCCACUUAAAGUGCGCCAAUAAGGCAAUAUAUACCUACCGAUAACUGACGAUCAUUUGUACAUGGAAGUGUGAAUUACUUUCAUCGCCAAAUAAAUGGACACUGGUAUCUUCA